AUGCUGUCUCCUACGGCAAGCAAACUCAUUUGUUUCUUUUUUCCGUUCUCAGACCUCCACGUUGAGAAUUCGACGUACAACAGUUUAUUUGACGUUUUGAGGGCCUUUCCAGGCUCCAGCGCCCACUCGAACGCACGGCUGUUCGCUUGGUGGAAGUUUUUAUGUGUGAUUCCGCCUUCAUUACUGGAGGAUGGCUUCCGCAGAUUCUUCACGCCAUUCCUCGCCAACCUGCUUGGUCGUUACGUUAGCAUCACUGCCCCCCUUGGAGACCUGCCCGAGUUGCAAAUACCAGCCUCAAUCCUGACCAACAACGCCUACCAGUUUGAAGUGGCUCUCUUCCACUGGCUUCGUCUGCUUUGCGGGCGUCGCCCUUCCAGUGUGCAUAUUGACCGUGUAUGGAUCCAGUGCAUAGAGUAUCUCCAGCAAGCCGUCAGCAAAAACUGCGUAAAUCAACCGGAUCCAGCACAAACGCGACAGAUCUUUCUACGUCAGACCAUUGAAACAUCUCUCCGCCUUGUGUUCCCUCGCGACCCAAAAGCAUCCGCUGGGUCCCUGAUUUCGCCCACGGUGCCCGAUUCGUCUACUUGUCCUCUGCCCAACGAGUGUGUCGUCAUUUUGCGGGGUCUGGUGAAGAUACUCAUGGAGGAGAGUCCGUCAAGUGAUUUAAAGCCCGAAUUGCUCUCCAUGGUCACAUUCGCUACUUUAAAUCUGCUGUCCACCUGGCACCAAGAGAAUAUCGGCGGUUUUGACGAGGAAAAACAGAGGCAUGCGUCGGAAUUAGAACUUGCCCAACUGAUCACAGAACUGCUGGAUUGCGAGCCACGUCUGCAGGCCGCCGGUGACAGGGCGUCGCUGUCUCCUAGCGGGGAUUUUGUGAGCUUAUCAAAGGACUUGCUGGAUGCGCUAGUUCCCGAAUGUUGCCGAUUCGUGUCCUCUUGCGCAGUGCCAGAAGAAAGUCGGGACUGUCUUCCCCUUUCAAGUGCGUUUUUUCUCAGUUAA